UGGGCCGUCAUUGUUGUUAGGUGGUUGUAGUGAGAAUCGGAUUCUCGUUUCCUCGACAAUUAACAUUAAAUUAAAAUGAUUCUCGUGUCUAUUUCUUGUGGCUUUUAAAUAAAUUUGUGUCGAAUUAAUUGUUUUAAUAAUCAUGAUUUGGUUAAAAUCUUUUUAUGUUCUUUUAACGUGUUUCCUUUUAUUGCUUAACGUGAAAGGGGAUAUAUCUCCUGACAGUAAGAAGAUUUAUCACGAUAUCACAGCCGGCAGAGGACUUUAUUCUCACUUCGAACAAGUUGUGUCAUUGAAUGCCUCAACUUUUAAAAUUACCAUCUUCAACAGUUCUCAAAGCACUUCAUGGCUUGUGGAGUUUUAUAACAGUUGGUGUGGCCACUGUCAUCGCUUUUCACCAGUUUGGAAACAGUUUGCAUUGGAUAUAUCUGGAUGGAAAGAUGUAAUCUCAGUUGCCGCUGUUGAUUGUUCUAAUCCUAUGAACACCCCUUUAUGUAGAGAGUAUGAAAUCAUGUUCUAUCCUCUGGUAAAAUAUUUCCCACCUCUACCUGCUAAUGAUUUCCUUGGAACUCUUGUGAAAUCAGGUGAUAUAGAACAUCUCAUGAAAAUUACUUUGAAAACAUUAAGGCAAGAAGCUGCUGAUGGAACUAUAAAUCAGCCUGCUCUGUUACCAUUCAAAGAAAAUGCUCUAGAAAAGGUUUGGCAAUAUGCUCCCAGUUCUGUACAGUUUUCUGUCAUAGUUGCUCAACAAAAUGACUCAGUUUUAGGAGAGAGUCUAGCCCUUGACUUUUUGAAAAUUCCUAGUGUGAAAGUUCUUAUUGUUUUCGAUAAUAACGUAGAACUGAUUAAUAGAUUAGGCACUCUGGAAUUUCCAUUCAUUUAUAUCUUAGAUAGGCAUUUAGCAGUUGUGCCCAUUAAACCCAUUAAUCAGUCUCGUAUAACUGUUUAUUCUCAAAUUCGGGACAUAUUGAUGCAAAAAGGUGUUGAAAUUCCAGAAAUAGUUAGGAAGGAGGUACCUCCUGCAGGAAUUGUAGAUGUGGGGGAAAUUAUGAAACUCAUGGAGAUAGAAGAGCAGAUUAAAAAAAAGUUAAAUCAUAAUGAUUUAAGUGAUAUCGUGUUUCAAGUUGAUAUUGAAAAUGCUGUGAGGAACAGCUUAAGAGUUGAAAUCCCAUCUCACAAAACAAUAUCUGGAGAAAGCUUUGAUGCCUUAAAAUUAUAUUUGGAAGCUCUAAUUGAAUUUUUUCCAUUCGGCAAAAAAGGAAUUGAUUAUUUACAUUCUAUAAUGUUUUAUAUAAAAGAUAAAAGUUCAGUAUCAGGAACUGAGUUUGGAAACAUAGUUGUAGCUAAAGAAAUUACCCAUUCUCCAUAUCUAUCCCCCCGUUCCAAUUAUAUAGGAUGUAGAGGGAGUAAUCCAAAAUACAGAGGUUACCCUUGUAGUCUAUGGACUAUGUUUCACACUCUUACAGUGCAAGCUGACUAUGCCAGAACAACAGAAAGUAAAAAGGUUUUAAGAGCAAUGCUUGGUUACGUAAAACAUUUUUUUGGUUGUACCGAAUGUUCUAUGCAUUUCCAAAGUAUGGCUGUGACGUUUGAAGGAAAUGUAAGUUCCACAGCAGACAGUAUACUUUGGCUUUGGAAAGCCCAUAACAGUGUCAAUAAACGUUUGAGCAAAGAUCCAACAGAAGAUCCAAUACACCCUAAAGUUCAGUUUCCUCCACCAAAUCUUUGUCGUGCUUGCCAUUAUAGCAAUGGUACUUGGAAUGAGAAAAUAGUUUUGGCAUACCUUAGCUCAAUGUAUAAGAAUAUUAGUUUCUUUAUGUUGGAUGAGUUACCAGAAAGCACAUCUGAAGAACCUAUUGUUAAUAAUUUGCUUAGACAUGAAAACGUGGAGGAAGAAAAAGGCUUUAAUUAUUCUUCAACUGAAAGUAAAACACUUCAGUUUAAUUUCAAUAUUUUAGAUGUCAGUCUUUGUGUCAUAUUGUAUAUGUUUUCCUUGGCAAUUAUCAUAUUAGUGUGUAUUAAAUUUUUGUUUAAAAAAACAUACCGAAAGAAAGCUUAUGCAUAUGAUAUAUUUCAAAAAGUUUAAAAGUCUUCCAAUGCUGAAGUGAUGUUAACCCUUUUAUUUUGAAGUUUAAAAAUGUAUUUAUUGUUGUCUAUGGAAAUAACUAAAGAUUAUUAGAUAUUAGUCUAGGUGAGAUCUUUGAUCUAAAGAUUUAGAGUUACUUUUAAUAAGUUUGAAAAUGUGGAUUAUUAUAUUAUUAAUAAUUAUAUUGAAUAGUGUUUUAAUAAGGGCAUUUAGAUCUUGUUUUUCAUGUUUCUCCACAAAAAUUAAUUGUACAUUUAACGGGUCAAAGCAUUUACCUGUCUAAGAUUUUUACAUCAAUUUUAAAGUUAAAACACUAUUUAUUAUUAACUUUGAUAAUGGUUCAGGAAGAAAACAAACUCCUUCUCUGACCUAUUGUUGAACUUAUGCUCAAACUUCUUUAAUUUUCAUAGCUCCUCCGUGAAAUAGUUCCAUUGAAGGCUUUUUAUUUAUUACCUUAACUUAUACUUUUUUACUGUUACCAGUUGCGUAUAUAUUCUAUGAUUAAUUGGUAUACUAAAUCAAACUUGGGUUAAUAUUAAAAACUAUUGGUUGAACUAGAAUUUGUUGUGUCAGAGUGGUUACUAGGAGGAGUUGCCUAAAUUAUUUUAAUUCUAUAUGACUUUAUUGAUACCUUUAUUUUUUUUUUUCAGUAUUUAGUGUUGAGAAAAUUUCUUGUAUUGAGCAAAUAUUUACAUUUUCACUGAUACUAGAUAUUUCAAAUGUUAAUAUCAUACUAGUUAGCAUAUUUUAAUGAAUAAAUUAAUUUUUAAACCAACAAAGAUUACUAACAGAUUAAUUAUAUUUUUAACUACCUCAUAAAAUAAAAAUUGGUUAGGUACAAAUAAAAAUUUAUUAUAAUUACUAAGAUUGUUAAACAAUGAUUCAUUGAAUUUUCUAAAAAUAGUUUUCAUGAAAAUAAUUGGUGGAUAUAAUGUAUAAUAGGAUAUAAUAGGUGGCUGUCUAAUUUUAUUUUAUUAUUACAGUUUUAAAUUUUAAAUUUAUUCCUUAGUCUUACGACCAAAGAUUGGAUAUAUUUGGAGAGAUCCAGAGCAUCUAUCUUAGAUACCAUUAGUACGAUGAGGUAUUUUUCUCUACUUUUUAUUUUACAUUUUCGAAUGAUAUUGUAAACAUCACUAUCAAGACUGAAGUACGAAUAAUAUUGUUAUACCUUCCUUUUAAUAAGCAUUUAAAAUGUAUCUAAAACAUUCUGUGAUAUUUCCUUUUGUAAUUUAUUUCUUAGGUAUUUAUUCAAUCUUUUAUUUUAGUUUCAAAAAUAGACUACAUCUUUUGGUUGUGAAUGGAAUAUUUCUUUGUUAUACAAUGUGUGAGUUAACAUUAUAAAUAAUGUGAAAUGUUUGUUAACUAUCUUGACUACUGUUGAAAAUUAGUUAGAUAUUUAUUGUUCAUUAUAAUGAUAAAUUACUCAUUGUUAUUAUUGUACAAUUUUGUUUAUAGUUUAUAUUUUUGUAUGUAAAUAAUUGUUUUAACCUUUACUUUAAGGGGAGCUCAUGUAUAAUAUGGAUAUUAAUAAAAAAUAAAGUACAUUCCAUCAAUAA